AUGAGUGACGAUAUAUUCAGAUGUGCCGGUUCGGAUGCCACUGGAUCCAAUGUGGAUGUUAUUGCCAGACUUCGUGCUCGCCGUCCUGAACCAUUAGAAUCAGACGAAGCUGAAGCAUCUUCUUCGAAUGCUGGAGAAGGUGAAGAAGAAAUGAGAGUAGUUGAGGUAGUACGAAAGCUACGAGAUCCUCUAGGUGGCGGACAAAUUAAAGAUCCUGUCAAAAGCAAGCAUUGCGGACACGUAUAUGAUCGCACGACUCUUCAAGAAUAUAUUGCAAGCAAUAAAGCUCGUCGUGCGAUGUUCUACCAAUGUCCAUACAGCUUGUGCACCAAUAAGAGGAAUAUGAACAUGGAGGAUAUGAUUGAUUGUCCCGAGUAUCUAUCAAAGCAGUAA